CUUGCAGGCCUUGCUGGCAAUAAUCGUUUCGUCAGAUUUGUGCCGAGAGAGAGGGAGCGAGCGAAGAGAGAGAGAGAGGGGGAGAAGUUCGUGGUCCUUUGUCCAAAACCCAGAAACCAGAAAGACAGCUUUGCACUCUGCCCUUACUCCCAUGGCGGUCGAACGCAAAUAAACACGACCAGUUCAGACCCACCAUGGACUCGCCCAAUCAGCCUUCCAUGCGAGUCCUAAUCCGCCCGCCAAACCCGAAAGCAGCCCAAGCCCAAUCCACUUCUCCUCUUCCACCCCGCCCAGAUCACUCAACCCAACCGCCGGCUCCUCCCCAAGACGGCGUCGUCGUCGUUGGCUUCAUCGCGAGGCGGCACGGCGACGUGACCCAGCUAAUCAACCGCGUCAUCGACGCCAAUGUGUUCGGUUCCGGCAAUUUCGACAAGGUUUUCAGCAUUGAUAAAGCGGAUAAUGGGGAAGAGGUGAAGAAUUUUUUUAAAUACAGGAGAAUUAGUUACUACCAUGAGGAAGAAAAGGGUAUACUCUAUUUGCAGUUUUCUUUAACCGGAUGUCCGGCAAUGGAGGGUUUUUCCGAGCCCUCGUCUUCCAGUUUUGAAUCAGAACUGGAAGAGCGCGAUUUUGGUGAUCUCCAAGGGAUGCUUUUCAUGUUCUCUGUUUGCCAUGUUAUCAUAUUUAUUCAGGAGGGGUCAUGCCUAGAUACCCAGAUCUUGAAGAAAUUUCGAAUUUUACAAGCUGCCAAACAUGCAAUGGCUCCAUUUGUGAAAUCUCAAGCUACACAACCAUUGGCAUAUAGACCUCAUUCUUCUUCAUCAUCAAGAACAUCUGUGUUGGGAACAUCUUCUACCAAUCACUCUCCUGGUAGAAGUGGUAGCAUUCGCAAUGCUUCGGCUAUUUCAUUUAUGUCGGGAAUAGGUUCAUACACCUCUUUGUUUCCAGGACAGUGUGCUCCUGUGAUACUUUUUGUCUUUCUUGAUGAUUUCUCAGAUAUAACUCAUGGUUCUAGUGCAGAGGAGUUAGUAGACAUGUCGUCAUUGAACCCAUAUUCAAGUUUAGGUAGUUCAGCUAGGCUAAACUUGCCUAUGAAAGGAUCAGGACCAGUUGUUGUCCUAGCACGCCCUGUGAAUAAAUCUGAAGGUGGAUUGUGGAAGAAAUUGCAGUCUUCCCUUGAAGCGCAGAUCCGUUUUUUGAUUAAAAAAUGUAGGACACUUACAGGUUCUGAAGGUAGUCAUACUGGUUCAAGAAGUGCUGGGAUAUCGAAUGCUGCACCUUUAUUUUCACUUGAUGCAUCCAAGGCAGUUGCUUUGUUGGGUAGAUCUUCAAAUCAGAGAGGUGAAUCUCUUGAUUUUGCUACUUGCCUUGUGGAGGAUGUUUUAAAUGGCAAGGCAACCUCUGAUGCCCUUUUGCUAGAAAACUAUUGCCAGAGUUCAAACAAAGAGGAUAUUGUAACUGUGAAAGAGUUUAUCUGCAGGCAGGCCGAUAUUCUAAGAGGGAAAGGGGGGUUGGUUGCUAAUACCAGCAGUGGCUCAGCUGCUGGUGUUGGUAUGGUGGCUGUUGCUGCGGCUGCAGCAGCUGCAGCCUCAGUUGCAUCUGGGAAGACUUUUAGUACUCCUGAACUUCCUCAUAUGGAUAAUUGGUUAUCUUCUAGUCAACUCAUACUAAAAGGCAUUCUUUCUGCGAAACGUGGAUUCAUAGUUGAACCUGAAAGCAUUAAAAGAAAAAUGCGUCAAAAAAGCAGUGUUGCACCGCCAGUUGAAGGAAAUGUUCAAAGAGUUACAGAUCCCCUAGAUAUUGCAGUGUCUACUUUGGAGAGCGGUAAAGGACUUAACCUUAAAUUUUCUACAUUGUGGUGUGAAAGAGCCCUUCCAGCUGCAAAGGAAGUUUAUCUAAAUGAAUUGCCUCCUUGCUAUCCAACUUCAAAGCAUGAAGCCCACUUGGAGAAGGCUUUGCGUGCUUUCCAUUCAAUGGUCAAGGGACCUGCAGUGCAACUCUUCAUGAGAAAAUUGGAGGAUGAGUGCACAUCCAUUUGGAAGUCAGGAAGACAACUCUGUGAUGCAGUCAGUUUGACAGGGAAACCAUGUAUGCACCAGAGACAUGAUGUUGAAACAGCUGGGUUGGUUUCAGGAGACAUGAUCAAGCCACAUUCAAGCGGAUUCUUUUUCCUUCAAGCUUGUUCUUGUGGCCGUUCACGGCAAUUGCGAUCUGAUCCAUUUGAUUUUGAAACAGCUAAUGCUACUUCCAUUUGUUCUGCAGACUGUGAUAAACUUCUUCCUGCAUUCCAAUUACCACAGGUAAAAAACACAGGACCAAUUGAGCCAUCCUCAUGGAGUUUGGUUCGAGUUGGCAGUGCGAGGUACUAUGAGCCUGCAAAAGGCUUACUUCAGAGUGGAUUCUGUGCUGCUCAGAGGUUUCUGUUGAAGUGUACAAUUUUUCUUGAGAAACCCAAAUACCAAAAAGGUUCAUUUGCAAGUGCUGGGCAGCAAGGUUCAGUAAUUAGGUUAAGUACAGAACCCCUGGAUGCAUCUCUUGGAUGUGCAGAUGUAAAGAAAUCUGAUACUCGUAUGAAUAUGGAAAAAUCGCAGAGUGAAGCUGAAACUCAAAGAAAGCUUCCCUCAGAAAACAGUCAGGUUGAUGAUAAAAAGAUCAAUUUUCGCAAAGCUGUUCCUAAUUUUGCAAUGAAGAAACCUUUUUCAGAGGUUGUUGCUGGAUCAGCAGUUGCUGUUUCAAGCUUCCCUCCUUUACAGUCAAGGAAGCAACUUUCAGCAGGUUUGGGAAAAGGCAUGAAGCAAGUUCUGGCAAGAGAUUGGGGUGCAGAACAGGAUCAUCAAACUGCUGAUUAUCAACGAUCUCAAAAAUCAGAAGGCAUCUCUGCUAUUCAGGAACACAUAAAUGAAAAUGCAAUUGGUGCCAAUGGUUAUACAAAUGGCAAUCCGUUUUUACAGAUAGGUAGCAAUGUUGUUCCAGUGAACAUGAAUACUGGUGAAAAGAACAAAUUAAGCACUCCUCUGAAACAUGUAAUAUUGUAUGUUGGGGUUGAGUACGAGUGCCCCCAUGGCCACCGGUUCAUAUUAACCCCAGAGCUUCUCAAUGAACUUGGUUCUCCACAUUCAUCCUCUGAAGAAUCUUAUCCCCCAUCAGCUGUGGAAAAUUUUGACAAUAAAAGGGCAGAUCUUUCCAAAGUGGAUAAGAAUGGUAGCCAUAACAAAGCCCACAGGGACUCAAAUGUGAUGAAUACUGGUACAGUUCAUAAGGUGAGAAAUCUGAACAAGAUGAAAGAGAUAGCAGCCAAUAGCCAAUACUUGAAUGGGAUGGUGCAGUUUUCUAGUGCAGGAAAAGAACAGACCCAGAGCUAUCUCGGCGUCUCAUCAGUUAAUGAUUUUGCCAAAAAUCAUGAACGGAGCCUUCAUUCUAUUGACCUGGAUGACGGUGCUUUCUCCUUGUUGAAUAGAAAUUUACCAAUUUACAUGAACUGUCCGCACUGUAGGAUCUCCAAGAAUAAGAAUGAUUCCUCUAAGAUUAAAUUUGCUGGAACAAUAUCACAGCUCCGGAGGAUCUUUUUGGUCACGCCUCCUUUUCCAGUUACUUUAGCAACAUGUCCAGAUAUACAUUUUGAGACAUCAUGCCUACCUUCAUCUGUUCCUGGCCGUGAACAAAAAUUGGAGUUCAAGUUUGGAUGUCCAGUGAUUUUGCCACCAGAUAGUUUCCUUUCCCUUAGACUCCCAUUUAUUUAUGGUGUACAACUGGAGGAUGGAUUUCUGCAAUCUCUUAAACCCUUUGAAGUCCAACCUGAACUGACUGCCUGGAUUGCUAAAGGCACAGCAUUGCAGGUAAUAUCCAAGGCAACUGGUCCAUAUGAGGGAUAACUCAAAUAGCAGAACAAGGGAUUCUCCAAACUUGGAAACUGUUUGUAGUUCUGCAAUGAGAUUGGGAGGCAGGUUUUUGUGUGAGUCAUCUAGUUUCAGGAUAUGGAUUUUCAUGUGUCAACCAUUUGUUGCUAUUUGGGAAUUGGUGAACUGCAGUCAGAAGAUAAGGAGAAAUAUGUAAUGUUCAGUCUCACGAGCUUGUCAUACAGUUAUCAAUGGGAAAUCUAGGUGGCUGGUGCCAAGAUGGAGAACAUCCUAGCUUCAAGGAGCCUGGAUGAAAUGCCACUUUGGCUGCAGUAUACUGAAAAAGACCGGGCUGUUGAGGCACGUCUCUCAGAGUAUGUCUAGGAGGCUAUUUGCAAUAGGCUUCAUAGAAAGCACUUCCACACAACUGCUUCAAUGGUUCUUAUCUCGCUGUUACACGAGAUCUGUUGCAUUGUGAGGGGAUGUUCAUUUAUUGAAGGACAUCAAUUAAUCAGCAGAUGCAAACAGCCUCAUGAAGGAAUGCUGCCUGCAUGACAUCCCAAAGAAGAUGCCUAGCUGUGGCAAUUAUAAGGCUAGUUUGCCGGCACACUGGACAUCUUUCAUCUGUUGUCUGAAUUCUUCUUUGGUGUUCCUUGUUUGCCUUUUCACACUUCAAUGUCCUUUUUGUUCAGAUGUUUUUAUUUUUUGGCAUGGUCAAUAGUAAUUGGCCUGGUAAACGUGCUAUGACUGCUUGGCUAACUCAAACAAUACACUAGAUUGAAUCAGUUGAUGACUAUUUACAGCACCUUUUGUGUCGUUA